AUGGCUGUUAAGGAGAAAAGAGACAGAUUACUUGCAGCAUAUAAUAGCCUUACAGAUAAACACUUGGCUGGAUAUUUUAACAAUACAAGGAUAAGGCAGCAUCUCUUAAGAUCAGGACUGAUCACAAGAAGUGGAAGAAUACUUUCUGAAAAAGAAUACAAACUAAAUAUCAUGAAACGAGAUCACCAAAAAUAUAUCCGAGAAUGCUUGGCUCAGGCUAUUUUUCAUAAAGUUCUCGAUAUGGAGCGUUAUCAUCAGCUUGAAAUAAAAAAGAAACUGGAGACCUUAGCUAGGAAGGAGCGAGUUCAGAGAUUUAAGGGGGAGCCCACCAGAUGGUCUAUAGAAAAUAACAUGCCAUUCCUGUCUCCCCGCCCACCAGUUGGCCAGAAGAGUAACCUAGGACAUAGUGUUCUGGUUGAUGAAGGACAUCCCAGUCCGUUAACACUGACAGCCUCCCGACCAUAUACUGCCCCAGGAAAUAUGCAGCCUCCAAUUCGAUUGCAGCCUCUUUCCAGUAAUCCUUCAAUAGGAACUGUUCCAAAGAUAACCUCGGGGCCAAGAUCAAAAACCUCAUUGCUGGAAAACGGAGCUCCAUUUCCUAUUGGGGGCAAGAAGGCAGUGAUGAAGUUCAGAAGCUCCAUGGAAAAUUCACAGGGAACAAAUCUAUAUCAACUUCCGAAUAUUAACAAUUACAUGAUGCCUAUUCGUCCUCCACCUCCUCCCCCAGAUGGAAAAUUCACAAGGGAGAAUAGAGCUGAAACAUGGAGAAGGAGAAGAUUUCGUCCAACCACUGCUCCAGAUGGCUUAGAACCUCUCUUUACCAGGGAUUCAAGAAGAAUUCAUAAAACAUCACUGCAUAGCAAUGCAGCUAUUACAAUGAUCUAUUUGGGAAAAAGUGUGCACCUCUCUUAUGAUGACUCAGACUUCCGGGAUGAAAUAAAAGUCUAUCAACAGCACUGUGGUGGGGAAAACCUUUGUGUCUACAAAGGCAAACUACUUGAAAAAGAGACCUUUCAAUUUAUUUCCAAAAGGCACCAUGGUUUCCCCUUCAGUCUCACCUUUUUCCUGAAUGGAAUACAGGUGAACAGAUUAAGCUCCUGCUGUGAAUAUAAGCAUCGGAAAGGUUCCAGACUUGGAGGCAAACGUGGCUACUUUGGGUUUGUGUGUGUUGAGAGAUCAUCUCCCUGCUACAAGUGCAUUAUUGCCAUGGGGCUUGACAAAAAAACAUCUUCAUCAAAAACUAGGAAAGAAAAUGCUGAGAAAAGAGAGGAAUUGAAGGGUAAGGAGAAGCUGAGGAAGGAUAAAGAGUACAUGAUACCAAGAAGGAACACGAUCGAGGGGAACAAAAUCUCGGCCUCAGCCAUUUUUUCAGCUCAAGAAGAAGAAACGGGGGUCAGAGAAGUGAGAACUGCUAUGGAAGAAAUGGAAAGUAAAGGAAAACCAGGACAAAACGUUUGGGAAGAUGACCAGGAAAAUACAUUCAAAUAUGAAUAUGAAGAAGAUUUUGAAGUAGAUGAGGAGAAACAAGAUGAGAAAGCUAAUGAAGAAGGACAGGCUGAUGAUCAAAUGAAUGGAAUGACAAAGUCAUCCUCAGAUGAUGAAAAAGAUAAUUUAGACCCUGAAAAGGAGAGUAAAACCUCAUCACAGAAGGCACCAGAUGCAGAUGACAAUGUGAAAGAUGAAAGCGAUGGAUGCUCCUACAGUGAAUUGGAAGAGGAAAAACAAGACAGAAAAACUGCUUCAUCAACCUCAUCCAGAAGUCACCCAAGUUCUAGCUGCAGUGAAGAUGAAUCUUCAGUGGAGGACAGGGAUGCACACAGUGAAAACAGUCCAGAAGAGAGUGCCAGAAGCUCAUCUUCUCGGGAGCUGAGUGAAAAUGAUGAGCCAGGAAAAUCUCAUCUUCCAGUUGAGGAUUCCCUAGACGUUGAAACUGAAGACGAAAAACUAAUAAAAGCAGAUGUGGAGACAAAGCCAGUGCUAGUAGAAGAAAGCUCUGAGAAUGUUCUUAAAGAAGAAAUGGAGAAAGGGGCCCGACUGAUUGCAGAGGGCAUAUCUACGAAGUCCAGGGAGCAUGUUUCCAAGGAAGAAAAGGAAAAGGAUAAGAGUAAGCUUUGGGAAGGAAGCAUUGCUAAGGCAGAGGAUGAAAAGGCAGGUGCCCCUGGGGUAGACAAAGAAGGUGGUAAGUACAGCCAUUGAAUUGAACCACCAUUGUCCUUGCGCAUGGAAGUUGAUUUGCUCAUUGCAUUCUGCCAAAGCUUGGGGUCACCAAAUGGGAAUUUAGUGGUGGAGGAAAGAACAGUACUCACCUCAAACAAGGAAUCCAAGCAAGUUGCACCAGAAAUGUAUAUGCUGGAGAAGAAAGAAGCAAUUGAGGAAGAUGAAGUUCUCCAACCCAGGGAUGCUGACACAGUAGAGCAAGAAAGGGAGGCAACAUUGUGGGGGAAAGUAGGGGUUAAUGAGGUUCCCUUUGAGGAGAGGAAGACAACAGCAGUGCAGUCAGCAUUAGCAGAAGAACAGUUUAUUGUGGAAAGAGAGGUCCCUCAGGACACUGAGAGUGGGGCAGAGGCAGCAGCAGCAGCAGAAGGGGAUAGAAAUCUGGGUGAAGAAGAAGGGUUAAACCCCACAGGAAAAGAAGGAGCAAGCGACUCUGCAAAUCUGAAUGAGGAUGCAGCUCCUGCAGAGCAAGAUUUGAUGCAAACAGUGCUUGAGACAGAGGAGGCAGUUUCUGAAGGGGAAAAUGGUUCAGAGAAGUCAGCGCUUGGAAACAAAGCAGCAGAUCUGAACUUAGAGGGUAUUGAGGAGCUAGCAACCCUGAGAGAGGCAGCAACGCCACCAGAGAAGGGAGAGACUGAGAGAGGGGCUGCUGUGAGUGAGGCAGGGUCCGAGAAACCAGAUGAGGAAGGAAAUGAAGAGGAAGCAUCCACAGACCUAGAGAACAGAGGACCUGUGGAAGAAAUAGCAUCCAAGAGAGAGGAUGGUUCAGAAGAGGCAAUACUUGGGGGAGAGGAACUAGCCAAAGAGUGGAAGGAAGUUAUGGGAAUGGAAACACCUUUGAGCCCCUCAAUCUCUGAGAAGGCAGAGGUAAACCAGAUGGGUUGGGAGGACAACCCUGAAGAAGGAAGGAAGGAAGGGAAGGAAGAUGUGGAAGGGGAGAAGAUUGUGACUGAGGCAGAAUCUAAUAGGGGAGAUGAUAGGAAAGAAAUGUUAUCUGAGGAAUUAGGUGCAGCAAGAGAGAGGAAGAAAGCCGAGAGGCCAAAAACACAUCUGAGGGAAACUGAAUCUGAGGGAGAAGAGGUGAAAAGGGCAAAUUCACUUAAGCAUGAAGAUGAUUUAGAAGAAGGCAAAGAAUUUAAAGAGGGAGAAGGGGAAACCGUGAAAGAAAACAGAUAUGAGGAAGACACAAAAUCUCCUACAAAGGAAAUGGAAUCUGAUGCUAAGGAUGAAGCACUCAUGGAGGAAUCUGAAUCGACUAAAGAUGCAGGGCUGCAAAGAGAAGAUUCACUAAAAUCCAGAGGAGUUGCAAUGUUUGAAGAAGUACCCGGAUUUGAAAAGUCACUGGAAAACAUAACAAUUCUGAGGAAAGAAGGAGGAGGGGAAAGAAUAACAGAAGCCAGAGACACAGAGCACAAAGGCAGAGCAAAUCUGCUUCACGAGGAGAACGUGGCUCCUGCAGAGAAGGAUGAGGGGCCACAAUAUGAUGGAGACCAUGUGUUAGGAGCUCCUAAAAGUCAGCUGGCAGGAAAGGCACAGGCACUUGAGGUGACGGUCACAAGCACAGGUGAGGCUGAGGAGUGUGCAGACAGACAUCAAGAUUACCUUGCAGACCUGGCGGGGAGGGAAAAAGAAGGGCCUUUACAGGGCCGAGAAGGAGUGGGGGACAUGACCAUGACCCAAGGAGAUGUUCCUGAAGGAGACUCCAUGAUGGCAGAAAAGUUCAAUGAAGAAGCAAUGGGUGAAGACAUGGAGGAGGAGGAGAAAGAGUGCAGUCUGGGGACAGGAGUGAUGAAGAACAGGAACGCAGAGGAUGGCGGGAGCUUGAGAGAAGGAGCAGUUGUUGCUGAGGAAGACCUGAACCAAGGAGAAAUGGCAGAAAUGGUCACAGAGAAGAGGGAGGAGUUGACAGAAAUGGAGAGAGCUGAGGGGAAAACAGCAAAUAAAGCCUUCUCCUUUUCAGAUGUUGCUGGGGAGGAAACUUGGCACAAGGCAGAUGAAUUAGUAGGAAAAAUAGCUGAUGCAGAGAGGGUGGUGGUAGAGGAAAUAACGCUGAACAGAGAGAAGGUGCCAGUGGUGGAGGAGGUGACAAUAGCAUCAACACCAGAGGUUGGGCUGGGAGCUCUGCAAGAAGCUUCCGAUCUGGAAGGGGGAUGCCCACAGCUAGGAUGUGAUCAAGAGGGAGGGGAAGAGGAAGCCACUUUGAAAGCAGGAUCAGUGGAAGAGGAGGAAGGGACAGGGAGCAGUGAUGGGGGGCAGGAUUCAGGAGCAGCUGAAGUAUUCAGACUAAGAUUAUCACAGGAGAGAGAGUCAGAGAUGAGUAGAGAGAGUCCACAGGCUGUGGAAAAACUUCCUGAGAAGCCUGAUUUCACUGAAAUCCAAGGGAAGCAAGAGCAUAUGGUGCAAAGAGAAAGUGAGAAUGCAGAUGUUUCCCGGAAACACGUGAAGGCCUAA